GUUACCAGACUCUGGGUGAAGAGUACGUUAACAUCAUCCAAGUUGACCCAACCAAGAGGAGGGUACCUUCUUUUCUUCGACGGGCCAUCUUCGUUUCUCUUCAUACUGUAGUGCCCUAUUGCUUGGAGAAGGGGUUACUGCACCUGGAACGUGAGCUACAGGCAGAGGCUGAUGAGUCCAGAACCUCGCAGAGCCACCCAGCACUUGGUUUGUCCAGUAGGAGCUUAAUACGAAACUGGAUACAGAAGUACGUCGGGCACCUUACGGAACAGCAGAAGAGAAGAGUCUUACAAACUGUGCAUGUCCUGAAACAAUUCGUCCCUUUGCUGCACCGGCUGCACCUGGCAGUGUUCUACAUGAGGGGCACCUUCUACCACCUGGCCAAGCGAGUCGCAGGAAUCACCUACCUGCAUUUUGGAGGACCACAAGAAGAAGAUCAGAGUAUUCGAUCAAGUUACAAGCUUCUUGGGAUCAUUUCACUCUUCCACCUUCUUCUAACAAUUAGUGUUCAACUAUACAGCUUCAAACAGAAGCAGAGAGCAAGGCAGGAAUGGAAACUACAUCGCAGCCUACCUCAUCUGAAAAAUAUGACCAAGGAGAAAGCUGCUGGGCACCACUCUCGCUGCACUCUGUGUUUGGAAGAACGGAGACACACCACAGCCACCCCUUGUGGGCACCUCUUCUGCUGGGAGUGCAUCACAGAAUGGUGUAACACCAGAAAUGAAUGUCCACUGUGCAGAGAGAAGUUUCAUCCUCAGAAGCUGAUCUACCUACGCCACUACCAGUUGUAAAGGAAAGAUGUAUUCUCUUUCAUGACAAGGGGCUCAGCUGUCACAUCCUUUAUAAGUUGUCAUACAGCUUGUGUUAGUCCAAGAAAAAGACUUUAUUACAAAACCGGUAACUGCCUGUGCAAGGUGGCACUUCAUUCCUGUCUUACAGAAUAAAUCUAUUUCUGCCUCU